AUGAGGCCAAGUAUCAACGCCAUCGCUGGCCCGUCCCGCCUCAGCGUCCAGGCACAACGCGCACAAGCACCCCGACAUGCUCGAACCUUCAUCACCUUGCCUCAGAUCCUACCGACGCCGCCGCUGGAUCCAUGGCGUCGUAGCGCCUCUACAACGUCAGGUCAGACGGACUGGCUGGCGUGGCUCAAGAAGGCUACAGCGCUGCGAGUGGGAGCAGACGGGGGAACAGAGAGCAAGGCGUUCUUGUUUGCUGGUCUCGGCUCAUAUCCACAUACACCGCACUCACCGACGGCGGCAAGUCUGCUAGUAUGGGAGCGUGCGUCGGAGGCGCUGUUGGAGCCAGAUAUGACGAUUGGGUAUGAGAUGACCAAGGGGAUGGAAGAGUUCGCUGGCCAUCUGAGGGGAGGGAGGAGUAUGAGGGCGUGGCUGAGAGGCUGGGUGGAAGGUAGGACUCUGAGCGAGCUUAUGGCGAGACCAGAUGUCACGGCCGCGUUCAUCCUGAGUGCUUCGGUGGCUAUCCUCGCUAGUGAACAGGAAAGAACAGGCUACAACACCCUUUUACCGCCCGGGACCUCACAUCUAGCAGGCCACGGCUUCAUCGGAACUCUUACCGCCCUCGUCGUCGCUGGCCGUCUGGACCUCCAGACCGGUCUGACCACCCAGAGUAUAUAUGCCCGCCUCCCACCCGACCCACCAAAAGUCUCCAAAAAGCGCUAUCAAACAACCAUUCUCUCGGCUCGACACUUCCACUCGCUCUCAUCCCCUUCGAUGUUUGUGCCCUUUGACGACCCGCUGGUUGGCGAAGAUGGAGAAGAGAGGAACAAGAAGCGGGCGAUGCAGUUGAUUCUGGAUGAGAUACAUGGGAUGCAGAGGGAGUGGGAGAAGGAGGAUGGGGAGGAGUGGGCGGCGGCGAGCACGAUCAAUUCGAGCAAGGUGUUGAUAGUCACUGGAACGGAUUUCGCAGUACAUGCUGUAAUUGAGCGGUGUCAAGAUCUGAAUCUCGCCAACCCCGUCAUGGACGUCCUGAUGCCCUGCCCAUAUCACUCGAAGCUCAUGGCACACGCAGAACGGCAAUUUGGCGGUGUUCUUGAUCGAUGCGACUUCAAGAAUACGCCAACGGAGAUAUCACCCGUCAUCUGGGAUCCGAUCACCACUUAUCCUCUCGGCGACCCCUCUACCUCCCUCGUCCCCUUCCUCACCUCCCAGCUACGAUGGCACAAAACCCUUUCUCGCCUCUACACACCUGCCAAACCCCCUAUCGACGCUUUCUAUACCGUCGGUCGAGGUGCGAAGGGGCUAGGCGUGAUGUUACGGGGCGAGCUGAGGAAGAGGGCGGAAGGGGCACCGCGGGUAGACGUACAGGAGUUCGGAGUGAGGGAGGAGCGGAAGCGGACUUCGAUGGCGAGGGUCUAG